GGGCGCAGCCAGCACAUGGCACGCAGCACCAGCUCCUCACUCCCCCUCUCCUCCCGGCAGGACGCUGCUCUCAACGCCUGUUACCGCGGGUGCCGGCUGUUCUCCAUCUGUCACUUUGUGGAUGCGAGCGCGGAGCUGAACGCAACCAGAGCUGAGUGUGAAUCAGCUUGUGUGGAAGCCUACGCCAAGGUGGAGGAGCAAUUCGGCUGCGCGACAGGCUGCAGCAAGCAGCUGCCUGAGAUGGAAAGCAGGAGAGACAAGAGUCUGGAGCUGAAGCCUGCAUCCUUCUCCAUGUUCAACUUGGUUUCCUCCUUCUGCAACGACAUCGUCAGCUCAGCCCAGAGCUUCAUCUCCUUCACCUGGACCUUCUACCUGCAGGCAGACGACGGCAAAGUGGUGGUGUUCCAGUCCCAGCCUGAGAUCGAGUUCCCGGUGCCCGAGGUGCAGGCGCCCAAGCUGGACCUGACGGAGAAGGCCCAGCCCGUUGCCAGCCCCGACACCCUGCAGCCCCACACAGAUCCCCGGCAGAAGCUGGAGAAGCCCCCUGUGAGAGAAGCCAAGGGUAAAACCAAGAGCCAGCACGCGGAGCCCCAGCAACCGGAGCACGACUUCCUGGGCUGCAUGUCCAAGCGCUCGGGCCUUCCUCGCUGGAUCCUGGCUGCCUGCCUCUUCCUCUCCAUCAUGGUGAUGCUGUGGCUGAGCUGCGCCAGCCUGGUGACGGCCCCAGACCAGCACGUCAAGACCCAGCCACUGAGCAUCAACGGGGAUAAGGAGUACCUGGAGGACCUGGAUGCCCCGGCCCCCUUCUCCCUGCACCCCGUCAUCGCAGUCACCAUCUGCCCAGCGGACGACAGCGAGGAGGCAGGGCCGCUGCCAGUCAAGGUGGACCUGGACAGCACCGUCCUGUAGAGCCCCUGCUGCCGGCGUCGUCUCCAGGCCUCGUCCCCUGUGAAUGCUUGAAUGCAGCCUCCCCCUCCCCUCCUGUUUGUUCCCUCCCUGCUCCAUCCGUCCGCAGAGCAGCCGGGCAGGGCCGUGCACCACCAGCACCACAGGUGUGGUCAUGAUGCUGCCCCGUCUCCCCCCCCACUCCCUGGGCCUGGCCUUGCUAUCCGAGGAGAAGUUCCCUGGGGCUGGGGCUGGGUCUGCAGAGGUAUCACGUGGAGCAGAGCUCUGUGCUGACUCUUUCUGCCUGUGCUCCUGGGUCAUGUCUCAAGCCCCCUGGGGUGGGAGAGCACUGGGGAGUGCGGAGGGGUGGGGAUCUUGCCCCCACUUUGGACUGCCUGGGACCGAGGAGGGCACGCAAGCUGCCUGGACAGUAGGAAUAGCCUCCUGUCACCUUGCAGCCCCACUCUGGCCACCUCAGAGGGGAUCCAGCUGGGGGUCCUGAGUGCAUCUGGGGCUCCGGUCACGGUAGCUGGCAGGCACCUCCCCAAGCUUGUGGUUUCCUCUCUCUGCCCCUCGCCCUGCAGGAUCUGAGGGAGAUGAGGCCCCGCAGGGCUCGGUCUAGCUCCAAGAGUGCGGCUGUGCACUCGGGGGUGGCCCCGAGCCGCGGGGGAGCAUCUCACUCUCAUCCUCUCCGGCCUGGUCUGCAUUAGAGCAACCCGUGCAACCGGUGCCAGGGGCUUGCACUGCUGCGGCUUCCUUCCCUCCUUGCAGCCAAUCCAGAACAUAGAUGGGGCCUGGGGGCUGCAAUGCAGCAGGCAGCACAGCACCCUGCCUUGCUGCCCUCUGCUCCUGGCAUCCGGCAGGGCCCCGGGCUGUGGCAGGAGCUGCCCAAGUCGGUCACACUUGGAGAACAGCUGGCAGCACCAGGCUGCUGCUGUGGGAUCUGGCUGAGUGCUGGCGGCCCCGAGCCAAGCUGGAGGAGGUUCCCUCCGGCUGCCAGAGCAGGAGGGCAGAGACCCUGUCACGAGCUGCGGGGGAACCCUGUUGUCCUGACGUGGGUCAUGCUGCCUGGGCUGCUCGGGUGGGCACUGUGGUGCUGGGGGCAGGCCAGCUGGGAGGCCCUGCCCUGCUUUCCCAGCUGCCCUGAGUCCAGUCCCAGGUCCUGAGCACCAGCCCGAGCAGACUCCAGUGGCAGGGUGGGCCCGGGGGGCCACUCUUGCUCCUGUGUCCAGGGCCCUGGGACGAGCGGGCCAACUGCACCGCUUCCUAUGGCUCCAACAGCUCUAGGCUGUGCGCUGACUCCCUCAGCGGUGCCACAGGGCCACCGCCUAUCCCCGACGUCCCACGUCCCUCUCUCAUGGCUUUGCCUGCUCUGGCAUGUGGGUCUGAGUCCCUGCAGCAUGCUCCAUCCAUGCUGCCCUAGAGAAUGCCCUCUGCAAAGGACAGACAGCUGGACAGCAGGCAUGCCAGCCAUCUCCUCGCCUGCCGAAUGCUGUCUGUACAGAUUAACUUAUUACCUUCCCCUCCCUCGCCUGUGUUUUUAAAGAUAUAUGUCUAUAUAGAGAUCAAGCCGUCCCUUUGCUGACACCAUCUCACUGGUUUCUGUAGAGUGCGUCACUGCACAGAGACUUCUAUCCCUUCCCCUUUGCUUUUU